UGUUUCUUUUUUUUUUUGUCUUUGAUUUUUUCCUUCUCUGUCGUAUCUGUUGAUCUCUUCAGUCGCGAUCGUUUCCCCUUCCUCUGAAUCUUAAUGAUGGAUGGGUCAAAGAUUGGCUGCCUCACGGCAAAACACUCACACUAGUUAUGUUUUACUGCGCUAUGCGUUUCUUCUUCUUUUCCUUUUUCUUCUUUUUCGUUUUUUUCUUGUGUUUCCUUGGUUGCCGUCUCGGAGGAUUCACAUCUCCGAAAGCGGCAAGAUGGGAGAACACUUUGUACGCAACGAGUUAAAGUUUUCUGGCUCUGUCGGACAGUUCAGAGAUUUAUCAGCGCCGCAAGGCUAUACUACAGCAAUAUAACAGAACAGGUCUCUUUUAAAAACUUUACAACUCCUCGGAUAGCGACUGACAAGAAUCAUUAACCA